AUGAAAACUAUAGAUGUGCAAAACCACUCCUAUGAAGUGCCCAUUCGACGCAUUUUGCACAUCUUCGAUUUGAAUCCUUUUUAUUUCUGUGAGGGAUAUCAACUGCUGCUUGACUUCCUCCACGAACUCAAUGAUUCAGUGCUGAACGUCAAAACAUGUGACGAUAUCAGUGUCAGCGAAAAUGCAAUCAAAGUGAUCGAAAUGCUAGAUAAAAUGAUGGCUUGGAUGGAACAAUUCCCACCAGAGGAGGAUAUACAUCAGAGGUACGGUAAUAAAGCGUACAGGAAAUGGUAUGAUCAUUUACUCCAGGAGCUAAAUAAUGUCGUUGGUGCCAUACUACCAGAUGAAUUAAAACCAGCCACUGUUGAGUUGUGUGCUUACCUUGAAGAUUCCUUUGGAAACUCUACUCGUAUCGAUUACGGAUCAGGUCACGAGUCUUCAUUUGCCAUAUUUCUGUUAUGCUUGUAUCGCAUCGGAUACUUCACGAAAUCCGAUAAUCGUGCAGUCGUACUUCGGGUUUUUGUCAAAUAUUUACACCUAUGUCGUACUCUUCAAACUACUUAUAAAAUGGAACCCGCCGGCAGCCAGGGUGUGCAUUCGAUUGAUGAUUUUCAAUUUAUUCCUUUUCUUUGGGGAAGUGCGCAGUUGGCUGGUAACAAAUCUCUUGUACCUGAAUCUUAUUUGAAACCUACUACGGUGGAAGCCAAUGCACACAAGUACCUCUUUUUUGAUUGCGUGAACUUCAUCAACCAGACAAAGAGUGGACCUUUUUAUCAACAUUCCAACCAGUUAUGGAAUAUCUCCGCUGUUCCCACCUGGACUAAGGUGAACAGUGGCCUGUUCAAAAUGUAUGAAGGAGAGGUUCUCAAAAAAUUCCCUGUGGUGCAGCACUUCCGCUUUGGCACACUGUUUUCAUUCGAAAAGCGAUCUGAAUCUGACAAUAACGAGACAAACACUCCGCAUCCAUUGAAUACUGCAGAUGCUAUCGCCCCACAAGACGUGGACGGAUGA